GCGUUGCUCCUCGCGGUUGCUCUGACGGCGUCCGCCGUCGUCGUGGAUGGGCAGCUGUCGCCGACGUUCUACGACGCGACGUGCCCGGCGCUGGCGUCCGUCGUGCGCCGCGGCAUGGCGCAGGCCGUGCAGAAGGAAGCGCGCAUGGGCGCGUCCGUCCUCCGCCUCUUCUUCCACGACUGCUUCGUCAAUGGGUGCGACGCCUCCAUCUUGCUGGACGACACGGCCAGCUUCACGGGCGAGAAGAACGCGGGGCCCAAUGCCAACUCGCUGCGCGGCUACGAGGUCAUCGACGCCAUCAAGGCGCAGGUCGAGGCUUCCUGCAAGGCCACCGUCUCCUGCGCCGACAUCGUCGCCGUCGCCGCUCGCGACGCCGUCAGCCUGCUGGGAGGCCCGAGCUGGACGGUGCAGCUGGGCCGGCGGGACGGUCUGUCGGCGAACCUGAACGCGGCGAACGCCAACCUGCCACCGCCGGACGCGACCCUGUCCGACCUCCUCGCCAGGUUCAACGCCAAGGGGCUCGACGCGCGCGACCUGACCGUGCUCUCCGGCGCGCACACCGUAGGCUGGGCGCGGUGCGCCACCUUCCGCACCCACAUCUACAACGACACAGGCGCCAGCGCUGUGGACGGCGCAUUUGCCACGCAGGUGCGGGGCAAGGCCUGCCCCUCCGCCGGCGGCGACGGCAACCUCGCGCCGCUCGAGCUACGCGCGCCCGCUGCGUUCGACAACGGAUACUUCCAGGACCUCGUCGCCCGCCGCGUGCUCCUGCGCUCCGACCAGGAGCUCUACGGGAGCGGUGCCGGCGACGGCGCCACGGACGCGCUCGUGCGCGCCUACGCCGCCAACUCCUCGCUCUUCGCGGCGGACUUCGCUGCCGCCAUGGUGAGGCUGGGUAGGCUGGCGCUCACCGGGAAGAGCGGCGAGGUCCGGCUCAACUGCCGGCGAGUGAACUCAUGA